UUCAGCUUACUCAUGGCCAUGAUGCAACUGGAAGAGGAAGAUGUGGCUGUGCUUGAUGAAGCAGAGGAUAUCUUCUGUGAAGGAAUAUCUCCCAGGUUCCCAGAAAUCAUGUCAGUAGGAUCACAUUCAUUCUCCCCAGGAGGCCCUAAUGGGAUUAUUAGAAGUCAAUCCUUUGCUGGCUUCAGCGGUCUUCAAGAAAGGAGAUCCAGGUGCAACUCCUUUAUUGAAAAUUCCUCUGCGCUCAAGAAACCCCAGGCCAAAGUGAAGAAAAUGCACUACUUGGGACACAAGAGCAACAGCACUGCUAAGGAGCCUCAGCCUGAAAGAAUGGAAGAGGUUUACAAGGCCUUAAAGAACGGACUGGAUGAAUAUCUGGAAGUGCAUCAAACAGAACUGGAUAAAUUGACUGCUCAAUUAAAGGACAUGAAAAGAAACUCGCGGCUGGGAGUGCUGUAUGAUCUAGACAAGCAAAUGAAAGCAAUUGAAAGAUAUAUGAGAAAGCUGGAGUUCCACAUCAGCAAGGUAGAUGAGCUGUUUGAAGCCUACUGUAUCCAAAGACGGCUCCGUGAUGGUGCCAGCAAAAUGAAACAAGCGUUUGGGUUGUCCCCUGCCAGCAAAGCAGCUCGGGAGAGCUUGUCGGAAAUCAACAAAAGCUACAAAGAAUACACAGAGAACAUGUGCACUAUUGAAGGAGAACUGGAAAAUCUAAUGGGGGAAUUCUGCAUCAAGAUGAAAGGUCUGGCUGGCUUUGCUCGACUUUGCCCUGGAGACCAGUAUGAGAUUUUCAUGCGGUACGGCCGUCAGAGAUGGAAAUUGAAAGGCAAAAUAGAAGUCAAUGGCAAACAAAGCUGGGAUGGAGAAGAAAUGAUCUUCCUUCCUCUUAUUGUUGGGCUGAUCUCCAUUAAGGUCACAGAAGUUAAAGGCCUUGCUACUCACAUUCUGGUGGGAAGUGUUACCUGUGAAACAAAAGACUUGUUCGCUGCUCAGCCUCAGGUUGUCGCUGUGGACAUCAAUGACCUUGGCACAAUAAAGCUGAACCUGGAAAUCACGUGGCACCCAUUUGAAGUUGAGGACAUGACCCCAUCGACAGUCAACACGAACAAAGCAUCUGCUCUCCAAAGAAGGAUGUCCAUGUAUAGUCAAGGCACUCCAGAAACGCCGACCUUUAAGGACCACUCAUUCUUUAAAUGGCGGCAUCCUUCACAAGACAGGCUCCAGUUUUCCAUUGUAGAUGCUCUGCAAGACACUUUCUUUGACAAACUGCGUCGCAGUCGCUCGUUUAGCGACCUGCCGUCUCUCAGGUUGAGGCCUAGAGCAGGGCUAGAACGCUAUCCAAAUUCUCCCGAUGAUGUCUUUGAAAAUGGGACAAGUGGAAAUGAGAAAAGGUCAUUAUCUUUCAGCUUCAGUGAUAUUCCCAAUGGAGACUGCAGAAUGUCAUCAAGUUCAAUAGAUUCUUCCUCUGCCAUAGAUAAUUCUAAUCCUGAAAUUACUGUCACACCCCCAGAACACAAUUGGCAAAAGUUAUCAAAAACUCAAACCGUGGACAAUAUCAGUACAAGCUCAUCUGUGGACUCCACAACUGAAUCCAAAGACUUAAAGUCACAAGAGCUUGUGCUAAUUAAUGAUGAGAAGACUUCAAGUGUAGAUUUUGAAGUUUGCCAAAAGUCUCCAUGUUCAAGAAGCAACAGCUUGUUCUUAGAUAAUAGUACCCCGGUAUCACUCCUUCAGGACACUGAUGAGUUAUCAGAGCUCAAACCAGUGGAACUGGAUACUUUCGAAGGCAACAUCACUAAACAGCUGGUUAAAAGACUGACUUCAGGAGAAGGCCCGAUGACACCUGAAAAGCUGUAUUGUGAGGGGUCAAUAAGUGGUGAAUCUGAAGGUUAUAAAUCCUGUGUUGAUGGAAGCCUAGAAGAAGCAUUGCAAGGGCUUAUUCUAGCACUUGAGCCUCAUAAAGAACAGUUUAAAGAAUUCCAGGAUUUGGACCAAGAAGUAAUACACCUGGAUGAAAUCUUAAAGUGCAGACCGACAGUAAAUCACAGCAGAUCGUCUAGCUUGAGCCUAACCGUUGAGAGUGCAUUGGAGAGCUUUGAUUUCCUCAACACCUCUGACUUUGAGGAUGACGGUGGUUCGGAUGAGCUUUGCAGUGGUGGGCAAGGUGCAGACUCUGUAUUCUCUGACACUGAGGUUGAGAAAAACAGUUACAGGUCAGAACACCCAGAAGCCAGAGGGCACCUCAGUGAAGCAUUGACAGAAGACACAGGAGUUGGUACCAGUGUAGCUGGAAGCCCUCUUCCAUUGACCACAGGGAACGAAAGCCUUGACAUCACCAUAGUGAAGCACUUGCAAUAUUGCACACAGCUUAUUCAGCAAAUUGUGUUCUCCAACAAAACUGUGUUUCUAACAAGAUACCUCCUAGACAAGCUAUCUCAGCAGAUUCUAGUGAUUGAGAAUCUUACAGAUAUCAGCAAUGAGAAUAUGGGGAACGUCAGACCUAUAAGUGAAGCAAUUCCAGAUUUUCAGAAAAAAAUCUCCCUACUUUCCUUCUGGAAUAAAUGUACCAGUUCUUCUGGGGUGUAUCAUACUUCAGCAGACAAGAUGGUCAAACAACUGGAUGUCAGUUUUGCUGCAGCUGUGAAUGACGAGUGUCCAGGACUUGCAGAAACAGUAUUCAAAACCUUGGUGUCUCACAUCCUGGACCGAGCAGAUCCUGUCCUCUCUUCCAGUCUGUCCUUGGAAGUCAUCACAGUUUUUCAGUACUACAACUAUUUUGCCAGUAAAAACGUUAGUGAUCUGGCAAAUUAUUUGCUUCAACUUGCAAGAGAAGCUUUAAUGGUGCAGACUCUACAGUCCUUAAGAGAUGAAAAGUUCUUGCAGAACAAGAUCGCCUUAACCUCCAUCAGCCUCCCACCUCAGCAAGAAGUGCUGAAAUCAUUGGCGCUGCUCCUUCUGACUGAAAACAAAAGGGAGACCUACGAGGCUGUGGUAUCAAUAUUGUCAGCUGCAGCAGCAGAAGACAAGCACUUCAGGGAAAAGGCUUUAAUUUAUUACUGCGAAACCCUCGCACAGCCCAACCUCCACCUACAGAAGGCGGCUUGCUUAGCACUGAAAUGCCUCCAGGCAACUGAAAGUAUUAAAAUGCUGGUGACACUUUGCCAGUCUGACAAUGAAGAUAUCAGGAAAGUAGCCUCUGAAACCCUGCUCUCACUUGGAGAAGACGGACGUCUGGCAUAUGAGCAACUAGAUAAAUUCCCCCGAGAAUUUGUUAAAGUUGGCGGACGACGUGCAACUGAAGUGGCCACAGCCUUUUAAAUAUUUUUAUCUGCUGGUCAGC